AUGCCCGUGGUGACGCUGCCGAACGGGAGCACGGUCCACUUGGUGCACAGGGUCUGGGACCUCCACGAAGCCGGGAGGGUUUUGGAGGCCGCUGACCCACGGUUGGACGGGGAGUACAGUGUCCAAGAGAUGGAGCGCGUGCUCGGUGUCGAGCUCUGGUGCGCGCACCCGGACCGAAACCAGAGGCCGGACAUCAGGCACGCCCUUAAUGUGGUGCUGCGGUUCGACGCGCCGCUGCCGAUCCUCCCCGCGAAGUUGCCGGCCGCCGCAGCACACCUUCAGCCUGUGGCCAAUGCGUUGUUUGAUUCUGCAACCAGCAGCUGCGGCGCACCUGUAAUCAGUGCGGCCGGCUCCAAUGACCGCGGCAUUGAGCUGGUUUGA